AUGAAGGAGGCCACUGUUACCGCUGCUCAGACUCCUCAGCGAGAAUUAGUAGAAGUACUGAGCUCCCCUCCCCAACCUCAGGAGCAGCCGAUCCCAGAAGUAGAGGUCGUCGCUCCUCCUCCUCAGCAGAUCGAACUUUCACCUCCCCCGCCUCCUCCGAUCUCUUCCAAUGUGGAAGGAGAGUCUUCUGGUCCUAUAGUUAGGACGCUUUCCCGGGGCGCUCAACUCCUGAUCCAAUCGCUAGAAAAGAACCGCUCCACUCAAGGGAAUCCUGGCCUAGCUAAAGUUAUGGGCGCCUCCAUCUGCUUCCAAGAAGAUCGGAACAGAUUGGCAGAGGAGAGCAUCGAUGAUAUCUUAACUCAGACAAUGAGCUUGGGCUUGGAUACCAUUGCAAAUCAGCAUAUAAUCAGAGAGAAAGCCCACGCCUUAAGGAGGGAGAUUCUUAAGGCGAUCCAGGAUGCCUCAGCUGCACAAGCUCAACUCUCCUCUACCAAUGACUAUAUCGCCGGACUAGAAGAUCGGAUGAAGCAUUAUGAAGAGAAAAUAGCCGAGGCGGAGCGGGAACUUGAAGUCACCCGAGCUGGUCGAUCUGCCGAUCUCACUCGUUUAGCUGAGGAACUUCGGGCGAAGGAGAAGGAGCUUCGAGCCAAGGAUGAAGAAAGCACAACGAAAGAGGCUGGGGCAUACGUGAACGCCCAUAAUGAUCUCCGAGCCGAGCUGAGGAAGCGUUAUCCUGAGGAGGACUUCUCCUGGAUGAAUCAGCUCAUUCCAAAGGCCAAAGAGGAGAGCGACGAGGAACCCGAGAGAGAGGGGGGAUCAGAGAGCUGA